CAUCACUGACAGCGGUGCUCAAAAAAGAAAACAGCGGAAAAAGUUUAGGUCAAACAAAUCGCGAGAAAUACGAGAAAUAAAUAAAUUUUAGAUAUCCACGGACGCGCGAGAUGAAGGAGAACAACAAGAUCCUCCAGCUCAUCUAUGUGGCGUGGCGCGAGCGCUGGUCGGACUCCCAGUGGGGCAUCAACAUAAAGAAGGUGCUGCCCAGGGGAGUCAGUGGAGAUGUGUACAAUCUGGCGGACUGUCUGAUGCAGCAGGCGCUCAUUGGCUCAACAGCAAAUCCGUUGGUUCUCAAUUACCUGAAGCACUCUUUAUGCGCCCAUCUCGUCUCGCAUGCCGCUGUCCUUCGCUGCAUUGCUAAAUAUGACAAAUUGGAGCGUGUUUAUUGCAUCACAGCGCUCUUGGAGUUCCUGGCCAGCAUUGUGGAUGGAGUUACCUGCCGCAUAAAAUCCGAGGAAGCUGUGCUGCCGAGCGCCGUGGUCCACCUGGUCUACUGGCUGCUCCAAAUCUUUGCCAGAACUGUUCAGCAUUACGAACUUUACGGGGAGAUUAGCGCCGAGCAAUCGUACAUGCUGGACCAGACCUGCGUGGUGAUCGAGCGCCUGAGUCAGCAGCAGUUCCUGCUCUCCAUGCUGUUUGUGGGUUGCCACGAGGAGCUCGAAAUAUGCGGACGGAUUCGGGAUAAGUACUCCAGCAUCAAGGGAUCGUUGACCAACUCCAAUUUCACGCUAAACUCGCCAAGCGUAGAACAGCAACUCCAGCAAUUGGCCUACAUUGAGGCCAAGCAUUUGGAUAUGCAGCCACUGAAUGCGCCGCCAACGCUGGAGAAGAUCUCGUGCUGUGUGCAGCCGCUGCUGGCGGUGGAAGUGUUGCUGAACCCUUGCAAGGACACCAGCUACUACGUGGCCGAGUUGCAGAUGCUGCAGCGGUUGAAGAGGUACUCCAAUACACGCCUUUUCUACGAAAUCAUUCGUGCCGGCUUCCUCACGCUGAGCAAUGUGGCCGAUACUAGUCCGGAUACCAUGUGGGGUGCCUUCAUGUUCUUCAAGAUGCCGCACAUCAUCAAGCAGCUGCACGCACUGCAGCGGAUUCCCGGCGAGCAGCCACCGCCGGCGGAUUACAUUCCCGAAUUGGUGGAGGCCCUGGAGCUGCUCAUCGAGGACAACCUGCUGCUGGACUUCAUGGACACCAAGUGCUCGUGCAAUAUGAUCGAGUUCCUGCUGAACGACUGGACCAAGCAGCAGCUGGUCAAUGAUGUGCAUGUCAAGAAGUUCGCCAGUCAGAGAGAAGCCGCCUCUCAGUUGCUGAAAAAAUGCGAUAAUGGCCAGCAGACACCCUCCAACAUCAACUUCAUCAAGCGGGCAGAGGUUCCGCUCUCCGGAGUGCUAAAGACGCUGUGCACCAACAAGGUGCAAGACAUGGUGAACGUUCUCUGCCAGGUGCCAGUGGGCAACAGCUUUGAGUUGAUUCUCUCGGUGGCAACAGUGGAAGGACGCCUCAAAACCUUCGUCUCCCGCCUGAUUCAGUGCAAUGAGAACUCCAAGCCUGUUCCCGGCGAGCUGGGCAAGUUGUGCGUCAUCCGUUCAACACUUUUCGAUGUCUCUUUUCUCAUGUUGACCAGCAUUGUGCAGACCUACGGAUCAGAUGUCGUUUUAUCCGAGCGCGGUGACUCCUUCUUUGAGAAAUGGGUGCGCGAGUGCAUGGUGGAGCGCAACAAGCUGAAGAAUCCCCGCCAAAUUCUCGCCCUCUGCGACGACAGUAUUGUGGAUGAGCUGCUGCUCAGUUUCAGCAAACCGGAGACAGCCCAACUGAAGCCAAGCAGCCUGAGUUGGCAGGAGACCUGCCUGAAUCUCCCGGGUGUCCUUCAUCACGUGCUCAUCGCCUGGGAGCAGGAGACCCUCUCCUCGGCGGAUGUUAAGAGUAUUCUGGACAACAUAAAGCGGCGACUUUUCAGCUUCUCUGUUUGCGCCACCAGUUUCCUGUGUGCCUACAUGUAUUCGGUCAAGGAGACGGAGCUUCUGAAGCCGCUGAACAUGAUUCAGCAGUUCCUGGCGCCGUUGACCAGCGAGGAGCUGUCCAGCCAGGAAAACGCCAAGGAGCGGUUAGCUUUGUCUUAUCAGAUUAUUAGGAAAAUGCAACACGAUGUGCAUCCAGCUCCGAGCACAAAAUCCCGCCUGAUUUCACACUCCCCGCUGGUCGAGCAGUUCCGCGAGGUGUGGCGCACUGUGAUCGAUGCCGGUCACCUGCCCGUUCGCGCCGCCCAGUCACUCGAGUCCCUGCUGCUGGCCGGCGGAGCGGCGUGGCUGUCCACGCAGCUGGUGGAGCAGCUGCUGGCCUGCAAGUACACCAGGGAUAUGUCGCGAACGAUGGAUGUGGUGUUUGCCGUGAUGCAUCUGGACAUCGAGAAGACCACGGAGGCGUUGCUGCAGUAUGUGGUGGCUCCUCUUAUACUCCGUCGACAGGGUGAGGACAUCAAUGAGCCCCAAUCGCUGGUGCUGGCCCGCCUGUGUGUCUACUGUAUUAUUUCCUGCCUGGAAGCCCGCAAGGGGAAUGCCUCCUCAGCCUUGACGGCCAUGAAGAAGCGUUCGAGAUCGCACGACGAGGAGGAACUGGCGGCCAAUGCGGCCAAAGUGCGCAAGGUGAUUGGCGAUGGUAGCGACAACUCCAGUGAUUUCACGGAUACAUCUGCAGCCGGUGGAGGAUUCGGAGGUUUACUAGGAUCCACAUCCGCCACGGAAUUGCGAACCACGCCGCUCACACUAAAAGAACCCCUGCAGACGAGCGUGCAGCACAUUUUCGGAGUAUUCGUGCAGUUUGUCAGCGGAGAUGAAUUGUCGCCCAAGGCCGUUUUCGUCUAUCAGUUCAUCUCGCUGCUGGUGGAGUGCGGCGGGGAGCGAGUGGCCCCCGUUCUUCGCCUGCUGCCCACCAGCCUGGUGCAGCAGCUUCUCAAGGUUCUCGUGACCGACGACAUUCGCGUGGGACUGAUCAGCAGACUCUACGACCUGCGAUUGCAGGCGGGAAGGCAGUCGGCGGUGGCCGAUUUGUGCCUGUGGCGGAACAUGCAGAUGGCCAGGCACAGCAUACACCUGUGAGGGAUUCCAAUGCCGAUUACGAUUAAGAUUAAGAGACGGGCGGGCGAAAUUGCUAAAUGAAUUGUAUUAAAAACUAGAAAUUGGUGACUCGA